AACGGAACUGCCGAUGGCUUUUCCUUUACAGCUGAAAAUCUGCAAGAGUCUGUUCGGUUUUGUUUUUGGUCGUGGAUUCCACUAGUUGUCGUUCUCCCACGCUGUUUUGUCUGAAAAUUGAAUGACACGUGUAACUUCAAAGAACCGCCACAUGACUUCCUUUUUUUCUCAGAUCUCGCUCGCGCGUAUGUGGCAACUGCAGCCAUAAAACAAAGCAUUUUACCUCUAAGACAAACUCUAGCUAGUCUCUUUUUAACAAACCCUAACUCGCCUCCUUUAACAAAACGCCAUAGCUACCACCGAAUUUCCCUUACUAAUUCAAGCUCUUCUUUUUGUUUUUGGGGUUAUAGUAAUGGAGGAAAAUAAGAAGGCAGAUGGGCAUGAAGAGGAACAAGGAGAGUCAGAGUAUGUAUUGCUUGAUCUUGAUGCUGUUUCUGGGCAGAUUGACAUUCCCCCAAAUGCACCUUACACUCUUUCAGGUCUGGAUAUGAUGAAUCCGAUAUUAAUCAUAGAUAAAAAAGUAAAGCUGAUCGGAGAAUAUGAAGAAACAAUUGGGACCUGCUUUGUUUUCUCUGAAGAUGGUGAGCAACAUUUUUGUCAUACUUACUUUGAGCUUAACUGGGAGGUGGUUAAUUGUCUACCGUUCUCUCUUUUGUUAUCAUUUUACACUUGCUUCUGUCAUGGAUGGGAGGAUUGUAAGUUCAAGUAUCCUUUCAUUAGUUUUUAUUUGAUGGUAAACAAAUACCAUCGAAGAAUUAACUGUGUAAGUAGCGAACAGACCACCAGACUUCAUUUUGAGGUUACAUUGAGUCUCUUAUUCUUAAUUUUAGUGAAAUCUUUAUGCCAGUUAGGGAACGUAUGAGCAAGGUCUCAUGGGAAAUUAGUUGCAUGCAGUUCCUUGUCCAUUUUUUAUUAUCUUCAUAGCAUUCCCACCUCAAGCCGAGAAUAGUUUAAUUAUAAUGCAUGGGGUUUGUUUACUAAUGCAGAUACAAGCUCAUUCUGUUUGUUCUGUUUCAAUUGCAUAUCAAGAUUGCUGGGAAAGUUGCUUCCAUGAUUCUUUCACUUAGUUUACGGGAUGGACCCUUUUAUUACUGUCCCAACCCAUUGUUUUUUAUGUUCAUUAGGUUUAUUAAACAUUUUUGUUGUGUGAAUUAAGAAUUUUGUUGUUCCAAUUAUGAUUUGCAGAAACUUCCCCUGUAGUACAUGAAGAGACAGGUCCAUCAGAAGCAAAUCUCUUCUCAGGAAAAUGUAUAAUAGACCCAAAUCGAGCUCCAAGAAAGCAAGUAAAACCAGUUG